AGGGGGCUGAGCUGAUCCCACGUGUGACGCUUUCAUUCCCGGCUCAGUCAUAUUCUCAUAGCGGGGCUUUGCAUAUCUCCUGCCCUAUCUAUCUGUGUGUGUGUCUGUCACUGGUACUGUAGUCCCAGCCUAGAGAGUUUCAACUAGAUAUGGAAGGAGACGGGAGUCAAGCCACAUCCGGAAGCCUAAAUGAUUCACAACAUGACCCGGGUAAAAUGUUUAUCGGUGGCCUCAGCUGGCAAACCUCACCAGACAGCCUUAGAGACUAUUUUAGUAAAUUCGGAGAAAUCAGAGAAUGUAUGGUGAUGAGAGACCCCACGACAAAGCGCUCAAGAGGAUUUGGGUUUGUUACGUUUACAGAUGCUGCCAGUGUAGAUAAAGUCUUAGCUCAACAACACCACGAAUUAGACUCAAAGACGAUUGAUCCUAAGGUUGCCUUUCCACGUCGCGCCCAGCCUAAGAUGGUCACAAGAACAAAGAAAAUAUUUGUGGGUGGCUUGUCAGCCAAUACAGUAGUGGAGGAUGUGAAGCAGUAUUUUGAACAGUUUGGGAAGGUUGACGACGCCAUGCUUAUGUUUGAUAAGACCACUAACAGACAUAGAGGAUUUGGCUUCAUAACUUUCGAGAGUGAAGACAUCGUAGAGAAAGUCUGUGAAAUUCAUUUUCAUGAAAUCAAUAACAAAAUGGUAGAAUGUAAGAAGGCCCAGCCCAAGGAGGUGAUGUUCCCACCAGGUACACGAGGGCGAGCCAGGGGUCUGCCCUACACCAUGGAUGCCUUCAUGCUGGGGAUGGGCAUGCUGAGUUACCCUAAUAUUGUGGCAACAUAUGGCCGCGGAUACACUGGAUUCGCACCCAGCUACAGCUACCAGUUCCCUGGCUUCCCAGCGACGGCAUACGGACCGGUGGCGGCAGCGGCGGUAGCAGCAGCGCGUGGCUCAGGUAGGGGGGCCCGUGGAAGAGGCGGCUACUUGGCGUACCCACAGAGCACAGGGCCAGGCCUCCCCGAUUAUGGGUUUUACUCUACGCCCAGUGACCAGAGGGGGGGGCCCUGCUCCUUUGCUGACUAUGGCUCCCUGGGGCCCCAAGCGGCUCAGAUGCUGCACAGUGAGCAUGCCACCUCCGCCUGCAACUCCCCCCUCCAGCACCUACACAGCCCGGAUCAAUUUAAGAACCCAGGCGGCAACCCGUCAAGGCCCGGAGGUUUCCCCGGCGCUAACAGUCCAGGGCCUGUGGCCGACCUGUACGGACCUAGCAGCCAGGAUUCAGCUGUGGGCAACUACAUCAGUGCUGCUAGCCCUCAGCCUGGCUCUGGGUUUGGCCCCAGCAUCACAGGCCCGUUGAUUGCGACAGCUUUUACAAAUGGAUACCAUUGAACAGGUGGCCGGUUGCCAUCUCAUCAGAGCAGAGUAUAUCUGGUGGCCCAGGAAAGACAGGACGAAGUUUCUAAUUGGCUUUGUGUGCAGGUGAUGCUAUCCAACUUCAAGCACUACAGCGUCACCCAAGGCAAAAAAGAACGAAAGUCGGAACCACAUGAAGAAGAAAAGAAAAACGUUAGUCAUCUCAGAAAAAUAACAACUGCUGUACUAUAAUCCAAACCUCCUAUAACUUUACAACCUGGUUUGGUAUGAUGUUUCACGUCGAUUUCAUUCACCGAUUUCCCUUCCUCUGUUAGCUUUUGUUUUGAUUAGUUUUUAGAGAGUCAUUUUAGUUUUAACCUUUAAUUUUUUGUGUCAUUUUAUUUGAUCUUAUAGUAUAUUUGUGUAAAUGUUUUUUUUGUUUGUUUGAAGUACGGGGGUCAUAGCCAAGAAUAUCUGCAAGUCAUGUCUUCAUCUUUGUAGUGUAACGGAGAUUGGAUGUUCCAUUCAGUCUUUCCGCAAAAAAAAAAGAAGCUCAGCGUGGAGAGACUCGGAGAAAAAAAAAAUUAAAAUUUUAAGGAAAAUUUAAAGAGGGUAUCUAAGUAAUAAAUCUUAGUAGCUGUUUUAUUUCUUGUGAUGUCUCAUUGUUAACCAUAAUUACCUAUUUUUGGGCAAUACAAAGAGGACUCCAAUAUUUUUAUGGUCCUUUUUUAUAAGUGUUGUUUUUGUUGUUUAGAAAUAUAUAUAUAUGCUAUAACAAAUUUCAUAUAACUACAUUGUGAAUUCAAACUUGAGAAAAAGAAAUGUAGCUGUACAUAUUAUUCCAGUCACUGCAUAUAACCAACUCAGUGAGAGAAUAGCAUAUUUUUGUGAUGGUGUGUCAAAAGAACAUGUUAUAGCGUGUGAAUAGAAGAAAAAGCUGUAAACAGUUAUUAUUAUUCUACUUUUUUUUUUCUGCUGGAAGACGGUAUAAACGACCCCGGAGACA